UCCAUAAGCUCCCAUCCUCAUGAGUGCCGUGUGCGUUCACGUGAGAAGGGACCAGUGGUGACGAGAAGGAGCUGUGCAGAGGGAGGUCUGGACACCACCAACAGCACUCGCAGCAGAAGCUUAAAUCAUCAGCAGCAGUAGGCAGCAGAAGCAGUAGCUUAAAUCGUCAGCAGCAAACAAUUACAUUAAAUUCAUAAACAGCGCAUGACCGGUAGCAGCAAGUCAUCAACGCUCAACAAUAGUGACAUUCGUAUUCAUCAUCAGCAGCAUUAAUCAUCAUCACAAGCAUCAUUAUAAAUAACGACAGCAGCAGUGGAAGCAUUAUUCAUCAGCGGCAACACCAAAAUAGCAGCAGCAGUCGCAAGCGAGCAAACAACAGCGUUAUCGUCUGCAACAGCAACAGCGGCAACAAUUACCCUCUGACUUGAGAGCAGCGAGACUUAGGCAACAUCGUUCCAACCCGCACAGCCUGGCUAUUGCAAGACCAGCAGUUCACACCGACGCAGGUAAGCCACCGACUGGCUGUACGCAUCGGCUCGAGCCAAGAUUAUUGCCACGAGUAAGAGAUGCCAGGGGCAGGAAUGUCUACCAACCAGAACCAUCACCAUCAUCAGCAGCAGUAGUGUUAUUGAACAGCCGGUCACCGUCACCAUCGUUAUCAGUAACAGCGGCAGCAGAAUUUAAGCGUCGUAUCACCACCGCCGCCGCCGUCAUCAUCAGCAAAAUUGCACAGCAAGUAACCAUCAUCAGCCGGCACCAGCAUAUCACAACGGCAGCACUGUGAGCACAGCACCGGCAGUUGCACAGGAGGCACAAGAACCAGUAAGGGAACGACGCGAGCAAGGGCAAGGCACAAUCGUCGUCCAUCAUCAUCAGCAGCAGCAGCAAGGGCUCUCAGCUGGCGUGCAGAUUUCCAGGCGGUGGAUCUUCGACAGGGGAGAUGGCAGUGGUGACACCACCGCGCGCGCAUACCCAUAUAGCAACAGCAUAAUACACACACUCAGUGGGGUGACACAUACUCAGUAGAGUGACACACACCCGUAGUAUGCACGUAGGCGCUCAUAAAAUAAAUCAGCGCACGCGUGGAACUGCUUACAUACAUGCAGAUGGUUUGACGUGCACGCAAACAAACAACGACUUUACAGAGCCAGAUAUUUGGGGCGAGUGCUCAUAGUGUGGUCAGCCUCACGCCCGGCCGCCUUUGUCUCCCUGCAAUGCCGAUCCUUGCUGAUGAGCAGUCACAGAAUGACGCGACCUGAACGAUCUAUCUGGAGGCUCUAGUCCAAUGUUACUCACACACAUGUGCAACACACACGCACACGAACUUAAACAUUCCUAGAGGCGAACGCGCAUCUACUCUGAUUGAUAUUCACCAUUUAAGCUGAUUCUCAUCCACUAUCAAAGACACGCAAAAAAAGACAAAGAUCCCCCGUAUAGCCUUGACAGACUGUUGGGGCAAGUGCUGUUAGCGAAUAGCACCUAUGAAGGCAGAAGCGGCAUACGAGGGGGGGUGGGUGGCCAGCACCGCGCCCGGCCGCCUUUGUCUCCCCGGUGGUGAUGUUUACACACCGCAACAGGUACUCAUUUGAGGCUGAGUCGACGUAGCAGAGGCCCCAUGACCGGUUCAGAUAAUCGUCACCGGCGUUGACCGUGAGCGGGAUUCGAACCCCGGUCGCCAGGUUCGUAGAGCAGCGCGCUAACCGCUGCACCACCGCUCCCCCCACACACACGUUCGCACACACGUUCAUACAUAAAUCAGUAGAUACACACACACGUACACACACAAAUGAACACACAUGCACGCACAUGAAUACGCACGCAUGUGCACACUGCCCACUACAAAACCACAUCAACGCCAUCAACACCGACGACGUCGACGAUGAUGAUGAUGAUGGAGAAAGAGGCGCCGUCGGCUGUAGCGAGGAUGGCAUCCGCCACACCAUCUGUGACGUGUGACGGCGACUGCGGUGGCGGCGGUGGCGGCGACGAAGAUGAAGCGGCCGCGGCGGCGGCGUCGUGGCCUGGGGCCGCGUCCCCGGACAGCGCGCGUACCGGCGGCAACCCCCUGCUGCGGGCCGUGCAGCUGGGCCGCCUGCGCCUCACGCGCCUGCUGCUCGACGGCGGCGCCUACGUCAACGAGAGCAACGACCGCGGCGAGACGCCGCUCAUGGUGGCCUGCCUGACGCGGCACGCCGACGCGCAGAGCGCCAGCAAGGCCCGCAUGGUGCGCUACCUGCUGGAGAAGAAGGCCGACCCCAACAUUCAGGACAAGUGCGGCCGCACGGCGCUCAUGCACGCAUGCUGCGCCCGCGCCGGCGCCGAGGUGGCGUCCGCGCUGCUGGAGGGCGGCGCCGACCCCAGCGUGGAGGACCGCUCGGGCCGCUCGGCCCUCGUCUACGCCAUCCACGCCGACGAGCCCAGCACGCUCAAGGUGCUGCUGGACGCGUGCAAGGCGAAGGGCAAAGAGGUCAUCAUCAUCAACGUGACGGAGAGGCUCUCGCUGCCCGGCGACAAGUCGGCGCCGCGCUACCUAAGCCUGCCGGGGCUGCCCGACGCGUCGUACGACGAGCGACCCGCCUGCGCCUCCCCCUCCGACGUCGAGCUCAGCACCAGCCCUUCGGCCGCCCGCUCGCCAGCACCCGGCGAGACGGAGCCGCGACAGCCGCUCCGCUCGGAGGAGGCCGCGGCGGAGGCCGUGGCUACGGCGAAUGCGGUCGCGCCGCCGCCGCCGUCGUCGCGCGACGCCGACCCCUUCUUCAGCUUUGCUCGCGGCGCGGCGUCCAACUCCGUCGGUUCCGGCGCCGGAGCCACCGGUACCGCCGGUUCCGGCCUCGCCCAAGAGACGCCGUCUCCGAGCCGGCGCCGAGCGGCGCCGCCGUGCAGGCGAGGAGGCGGAGGCGGGAGCGCCGGGCGCCUGUCCCAGCUCAAGCGCCUGCAGUCCGAGCCUUGGGGCCUCGUGGCACCGUCGGCGCUCGUGAAAGCUGAGGACGGCGGCGACGGCGGAGGAGGGGACCAGCGGUCGCUCGACGGGCGGACGGGCGACGGGGCGAGGGCCGCCGGCGCUCACGCCGGCAACAGCCACUCGCCCGUAACGGCACGGCCCAAGCGCCCACUGUCACGGCAGCAGAGCGUUGACGCGAUGGUGUUGUCGUCGCCGUGCGAGAAGGCCGGCGGCGUCACGCUUCUGCAUCCUCAGCCACCGCCGUUGCACCAUCACCACCAGCAGCAGCUGCAGCAGCACCAGCAGCUGGGGAGGAGGAACACAACGCCGGUCGAUUGGGACGAAAGCCACGCUGGCGCUGGAGGUGCACACCGGCCUCAGCACGAGAGGGCCUCUCCCUGCGCUCUGCCGCCCCACGGCACGCUCGGAGCCUCGCUGCGGGACCUGGUGCACCGGCGGCACCUCGGGGUGGCGGACCACCAGGAGCACGACGCCGAGACGCAGGCCCCGCCGGGGCCGGACUCGGCGCGCUGCCUGCUCGAGCGGCGCAAGCAUAACACGUCGCCGCUCACGCUGCUCACCGGCUCGCGCGAGUCGCUGCACGCCGACAGCACCUCGCCGCUGCUACUCCGCAGGCACCAGCACCCGCCGCUGGAGCGCCGCGGCUCGGGCACGCUGCUGCUCGACCGCAUCUCCCAGACCCGGCCCGGCUUCCUGCCACCCCUCAACGUCAACCCCCACCCGCCCAUCCCGGACAUCGGCGGCAGCAGCGGCAACAUCCACGGCGGCAACGGCGCGGCGGGUUUCGCCGGGCCGAGCCGGGCGUCGGCGGGGAGAGCGUCGUCGCUGGCGCCCGGGAUGGCCGCGCACGCCUUGCUGUGCCUCCCCGCUCGGCCCGUGGGCCUCUCGCUGGCCUCGUCCGCGUCGGCGUCCUCCCUGGCGUCGGCGUCGUCGUCUUCGGCGUCGCACUGCUCCCCGCGGCGCGGCGACGCCGGGGGCGGCGCGGCGCCGGCGGCCGAGGGGGGCGGUGCCGUUUUGGGGUCGCGUCAACCCAAGCGGCCCCUCGUGCGGCGCCACUCGAUGCAGGUGGAGCAGAUGAAGCAGCUCGGUGGCUUUGAGGGAUUCUGCGCCAAGUGAGCGGGCCGGGGUGUCGCUCGGUUAACCGCGAGACGCCACCGGUUAACCGAAAGGCGCCACCGGUUAAUAUGGAAGUCGCUGCGUUAACCACGGUUCGCUUGGUUGACGAUGAUGGCUUUAAACGGAACUCACCGAGCAGCUAGAUUUGUUUUUGUAUAACUAUGAUUUGCUCAAUUAAUCGCACUGCAUCGGAUUAACUGGAAUUUACUCUUGACGGCACUUUAUAUGGAUCGAUGACCUGGCAUUCAUGGGGAAUUGCUCAAUCAACCAUGACUUGCCAAUUUGACGGAGCUCUACCCGAUGCUGCAUUAAGUUAAAUAGUCUUGACUGUGCUUCACUUGAUCAACCACAAUUCACUCAAUUUUUGCUGUAAUUUUUAUUUUUAGUUAAACAUCGCUCACCUGACAGCGACUCACGCCCAAGCUCUCCGCGCUUGGCUCGUUAACCUGCGAUUCACUCGGUUAUAACGGGCACCUCCCUCGAUUAUCCGCGAAUCACUCGCUCGGCUCAACCCGCGGGGUAUCAUUGUAGGUCCUGAGCGAUCACUGCUGCUGCUGCUGCUGCUGGCGCUGUCUUGGGGAUAUGGCGCCCCGAUGCUGUGAGUUUAAUCCCAAGCCAUGGGGCCCACUCCGUCCCCAUCAUCAUCAUCAUCCAGCAUCGUGAACAAUUUUAAGGGUCUUAAAAUGAGCUGACCACUUUGUGGGAAGUGAACGGUGGUUGUCCCACGGCCAGCAACAGACAGUACCGUUUUAAAGUGUUAAAGAUGAGAGUCUAACACAUUUAUUGAGUUGAACAAGGUUAUUAGAAGAAUUUGGGAUCAAAAAGAGAGACGGUGGGUGGGUGAUUCCAAAGUGCAGCGGUGCAAGGGAAGGAGCAGAAAAAGAAGUGAGGUGACCUGCAGUGUGGUGAGUGAGUGAGUGGG